CAUGCUUACUUAUAUCUUCAUGCUGGCUUGGCUAGGAGUUACAGCCUUCAGCUCCCUGCCAGUCUUCAUGUAUUUCAACAUCUGGAACACCUGUCAGAACACCACACUAGUGGAAAGUUCCAACCUUUGCUUCGACCUGCGUCAGUUUGGAAUUGUGUCCAUUGGUGAGGAGAAAAGACUGUGCACGGCUUCUGAGAACUUCAUCAAGUUGUGUGAAUCUAAUGAGCUGGAUCUGACAUUCCACUUGUUUGUCUGUGCACUUGCGGGGGCUGGAGCAGCCGUUAUUGCCAUGGUGCACUAUCUGAUGGUGCUGUCGGCUAACUGGGCUUACGUGAAGGACGCCUGCCGGAUGCAGAAAUACGAGGACAUCAAGUCCAAGGAGGAGCAGGAGCUUCACGAUAUCCACUCUACUCGCUCUAAAGAGCGUCUGAACGCAUACACAUAAAGCACGCGCUCAUGUGCACACAUAUAAAUAUGUAUACACACACACGAACACACACAAGCAUGCCCUUCCCCUCCCUGAAGACACAUAUAUAAACUAAACUUAACUACGUCUAAUUUCCAUGGUUUCCAGGGGUUUGGGAUCAGAUGGGAUGGGGAGGUAAAUAACUGUAAUACUUGCUAUGUACGGGUGUGACCCAGAAUGUUGGUCUAGGGAUGUUCUUAUCGUCUCCAUUGCAACAUUUCCGACUACCCAGGAUUUAGAUCUUGUUUCUUUCUCCUUGUUCCGAUUUCAUUUCUCCUCUACCUCCCUUUUCCAUUGACAUGUCUGAGAGCACAACCUGAUAAACACACUAAGUUGAGUGGCUUCUCUUUUGUACCACAUACUUUUAGGUCUCAUUGGGUCUUGUUAGGGGGUUUGGGUUUAGCCAAAGGAAUUACAGAACACUUUUCACAUUUUUGUAUUACACGCCAAUGAUUUGCGUUCACCCUAUAAACGGCUAGUCAUCAUUUAGAUUUUCUUUAGACUUUUUAAAAACCAAAAUGUGACCAAACUUGUAAGUUAUGAUUUACAGGUUAAUCGCUCAAGCUGCCGCACUUACAGCAGCAACAGCACAAACAAUGUACAGAUUCUUUUUCCAACAAAUUCAGUUUUGGAGUGCCAGGGAUUUCAAAAGUACCUUAAAGUGACUUUUACUGCUAUACUGUAGCUUGGCCUAACUGUAUAUGCUAGCUGUGCGCAGUAUUAAUGGAAGGUGUGACACUGGUGCUCAGUAAUGUUUAUUGAGCUUUGACAGAGAUGGCUGCUUUUGGGAAAGAAGGACCGAGAAAGAACGUCUCAAAUCAGCUAGAGCGGUCAAGUCGGAUUUGCCUUGGGAGACUCUACGGAUAUUUGUUUUCUCUCAUCCAUUGGAAGCCAUACUCUCACAUGCAAAUAACAUUUUCAGGUGUUUUAUUGCUUAGUUUUAGCUUUAACUUUUUAAAUGCAAGUAUUCAAACAAAAACAGGUUUUUCUGUCAUUCCUCUGAACUGUAUAUAUAUAUAUAUAUAUAUAUAUAUAUCUUUAAAUGUAUACACAUUUCAUGUCAGUUUCUAAAACACAUCUAGGCAGUCAGUGUUAGGUGAUAUUCUUUAGAUCGUCGUACAUAUCGGAGAAGUAUAAAUCUAAGUGGAAAAGUUGAUUGCAAUUACUCUGCCAAACACUGUGGAAGGUUUACAUAAGGUAUUUACAUGACAUUCGAACACGUUUCGACUAAAAACAAGAAAGAUAUGGGAUGUACAAGCAUGUGUUACUCCAAACUCAGUGUUUUGGCUCGGUCUUGCCGACUUCAGUUGCCCUACUUUUGCAGUAAAGUACUUUUUCGGUGUCUCAAAAAAACAAAAAUAAAAAAAACAAGCUAGUUUUGUGCACUUAUGGACCAUUGUGAGUUUUUUGGUGCAAGUGCAUUUGGAAUUAGCGCUGAGUCCCUGUACUCUUGUUAGUCAUGCAGCUUUUUUUUAAACCACAAAAGAAACUUGUAUUAGGUAAAAAAAUUUAAAAAAAAACAUAAAUAUAGUUGUUAUUUGUGGCAUGGUUAUGCAUCAAAUUGUAAUCGUUUUAACUAACUCAAAAGGGGGGGGGGAAUCCUUUAUUUUGAUUUUUACACAUGUCUUGCUGGUCAAUUAAUUUUUUUUUCUAAAUGUGCAGUAUUACAGUUGCUACGCUAACAAUAUUAAGCUAAAUAUCUUAUUAGGUUGUAGUGUUUGUUUUGUCCUUUCUAGUUUGUGAUGAAUUUUCUGAACCAUGUCUUAUAUUCUUGUUAUGAUGGUGCGUAUCCAGUAUUACCCUGACAUUGCUUUCAGCUUUAUCCACAUACUGUACUAGUUUUUUGUACUUUCACUGAGAAUGCUUUGUAGCAGGCAGUAAAAUUAACUGGUUUUGUACAUAAAUGUGCCAACAGCUUGACAGUGGCUUUUUCUUUUCUUUUCGAACUGUAGGAACAAACUUGCUUGCGUAAAUAAAGACACUUGUGUACUUGUUAA